AUGGGAUCUAUAGGAGCAGAUGCUGUCUACCAAAAUGCCCAAACAACAUAUGGUUUUGAAUAUCAACUAGUCCCAGGGAGAGAUGAUGAAAACGGUUUCAACUCAUUCCAGAUUCCUGGUCUCGACAUCAACCGGGACAACAAUCUUUCUGACUUAAGAGCUGAACUAGUACUGCUAUCAUGGUUCUGCACUCUCUCACGGACACGGGAGAAUAACGAUGUCUCUUUCGAUUGGGCGUAUCAUCGUUUGGCAAUUGGCUAUGAACCUGAUCGCAACAUCAAAAUCUUUAAACCGGAGAGAUUUAUGAGGGAUGUGAAAGAAACCAUUGGUGUGAUGGUUGCAAAUCUCUCUCCUCGUCUCGGCUGCGACCACCCAUGCUUUCCAAAGCACAAAUCAACUCCUGUCUCUCUCAUGCUAAGCACUCACUCCCAUACUAUUGAUCAUUUGGAUGAGCAAAUUCGUGCGCUAUACCACAGUGAAGACAUGCUGCAAUACACAGUGAUGAAGUACAUCAAUUCAUUUGUUGACACCGUCAGACUUUGCAUCUCAAGACCUGGCUCCACCGUCGAACAACUAAUGCUCCCAACAGAGAGCGACUUCGACCAGAUUUGGGGAUGGAAUCACACGCGUCCACCUUCUUAUGACGUCUGUAUGCACGACAUAAUAUCCGAACAGGCUCGAAAGACUCCCAAAAUGACAGCAAUAUCGUCGUGGGAUGGUGGUUUAACGUAUGAACAGAUUGAGCAAUACUCAACGACUUUAGCAUACAGACUACAUGACAUCGGUGUCAAGCUUUCGGAUUAUGUUCUUGUUUGUUUUGAGAAAUCAUGCUGGACAAUUGUCGGGAUACUCGCUGUCAUGAAAAUAGGGGCUACCUUCGUGCUCAUGGAUCCAACCCUUCCACUUGCACGUCUUCAAAAUAUGGCGCAUCAGGUUGAUGGGAAAGCAAUGGUGGCAUCACGAAAACAGGAAGCGUUAGCAACAUCGAUCUUGCCAUAUGGAAUUAAAGUCAUCGUUGAAGCCGACACCUUUCUAGCUGGAGUCCUCGACAUUGGAGUCCUUCCAGCUUUGGCAAUGGUCCCAACCUCGACCAUAAUGUAUAUAAUAUUCACAUCUGGAAGUACUGGAACGCCGAAAGGAGUCAUGAUAUCUCACAAAACAUACACCAGUAGUGCUAUCCCGCGAGCCGAGGCUGUUGGAUACACCGAAAGCUCAAGAGUUCUUGACUUUGCUUCUUAUGCCUUUGAUGUUAGCAUUGACAGUAUGCUGUUGACCCUCUCGCGAGGUGGAUGCCUGUGCAUUCCGUCGGAUGAGGAUCGAAUGAAUGAUAUUAACGGAGUUAUCCGAAAAAUGGCAGUCAACUAUGCAGGCAUAACUCCUUCGGUGGCUCGUAUCUUGGAUCCUGAUGUUAUUGCAUCACUUAGCUGUCUUGGGCUGGGAGGAGAAGCAGCAACAGCACGAGAUGUCAACCACUGGGGCAAAAGCACAAGAAUCGUUAUCGGCUACGGCCCAUGUGAGUGCACUAUUGGCUGCACAAUCAAUAGUAGCGCAGCUACUGGCAGAGACUAUAUCUCCAUCGGAAAAGGCAAUGGAGCUGCGAUCUGGAUUACGUGCCCAAAUGACCACGAAGUACUUAUGCCUGUCGGCGCUGUCGGAGAGCUCAUCGUGGACGGUCCGAUUGUCGGUCAGGGAUAUCUGAACGAUUCAGCCAAAACCGCCGCCUCAUUCAUUGAAGAUCCACCAUGGCUUACUUCAGGUCACAAGCAGUACAACGGACGCAGAGGACGUCUCUACAAGACUGGAGAUCUUGGAAAAUAUGAUCCAGAUGGGUCUGGAGGAAUCAUAUUUGUUGGAAGAAAAGACAGCCAAGUCAAACUUCGUGGGCAACGUGUCGAAUUGGGCGAAAUUGAGUACCAACUUAAGCUCCAUUUACCACCAGAAAUGAACGUGAUUGUGGAAGUGAUAACUCCGCUUGGAUUUUCGGGACAACCUACUCUCAUAGGCUUCAUUGCUUCUCAAUCAAAAAGCCGAUCAGAUGAGAUUGAACUACAACGAGUGUCGCCAGAAGAAGGAUUACGCAAAGCUCUCCUCGGUAUUGAUACAACAUUGGCCAAUGUCCUGCCGAGGUAUAUGAUUCCAACUGCAUUCAUCUACGUCAACUUCAUUCCCGUGUUAAUUUCUGGCAAGACUGACCGCAAGCGGCUUCGAGAAUUUGGAGGUACGAUAGACAUUCGACAGCUCGACGAAAAUACCCCAACUGAUCCCCUCCAUCAGCCACUCAGUGAGGUAGAAGAACACCUAGCACAGGCAUGGAGCCACGUUCUAAAGAUUGACUACAAAGCUAUUCGGACAGAUGACAAUUUCUUUGUCCUGGGUGGUGAUUCCGUGGUGGCAAUGAAGCUAGUUUCCCAUUGUACAUCUCAAUCAAUCUCCCUCACCGUCGCCAAUGUCUUUCUUCAUCCUACUCUCUCAACGAUGGCAAGCACAGUUCGGACUCUCAGUAUUCGCACGCAGACCGAAGUCCCACCCUUUUCCAUGCUUUCCUCGGCUUCUGAAAGUGCUUGUGCUGAAGCAUCGCAAUCAUGUAAACUUGAAGCAUCAGCAAUUGAAGACAUUUACCCUUGCACUGCAACGCAGGAAGCGCUAUUUACAUUUUCUAUCAAAGCUUCUAAGCCCUAUAUUGCCCAGCGGGUUGCGCGUAUUCCAGAUCACAUCAGUACGGACGAUUGGAAGGGAGCAUGGGAGUCGGUGAUUGCUGCAAGUGCAAUUCUGCGAAGUCGUUUGGUCCAGCUCCAGCAACCCGGGCUUUUCCAGGUCGUGGUUCAAGAAAAGAUUCAAUGGAGACAUAGGAGCGACCUUAACCAAUACCUCGAAGACGAUCAGAAGGAGGCGAUUGGUCUCGGGCAAAGCCUUGUUCGAUAUGCUAUCAUUGAUGAACCCACAAACAAGAAUCGAUAUAUGGUCUGGACUGUGCACCACGUUCUCUACGACGGAUGGUCUGAAUCUCUAACUUUGAAAAUGGUCCACGAGGCCUUGAACGGCGGUAGUACUGAUCCCGGGGCUCAAAUGAGAGAUUUCGUCAACUAUGUGAAAGCUACAGAUGAAGGUGCUAUUCAAACCUUCUGGCAACAGGAACUGGAGGGUGCAGUAGGGAAUCAAUUCCCAGAGCUCCCGUUCAGAGACUACUUGCCCACUCCGGACUCCGUACUCGAGCAUCAAUUCUCCCUCGAAGCAACAAAAGACAAUGCAUCACCCUUUACGACGGCAAGUUUGAUUCGAGGCGCAUGGGCGCUUGUCGCUUCGCAGUACAUGGGAAGCGAUGAUGUGGUAUUUGGCGAGACUCUCACUGGCCGCGACAUACAGCUUGUGGGAGUUGAAAGCAUCCAAGGGCCAUUGAUAGCAACCAUUCCGAUCCGUACUCAUGUUGAUCGCAGUGUUUCAGGACAGUCAUAUCUUCAAACUGUACAGCAAGACAUGAUGGCUCGCAUCCCAUAUCAACAUUAUGGAAUGCAAAAUAUCAGGAAGGUCAGCCCUGAUGCGUUAUAUGCGUGUGAAGCCCGUACUGGUCUUGUGAUUCAGCCUGAACCAGAAUAUGAAGCUAGUGAGCUUGGAUUUGAUAAAGGGGAUGUUGUACGUGAAGCUCUGCAUUUCAAUCCAUACCCGCUCAUGAUAGCGAUUGGUAUCCGAAAAUGCACUAUCAGAGUCUGCGCAAGCUUUGACAGCAGUCUGAUUGAGGUCCCCCAAAUGCGACGGAUCCUUAUCCAACUGGAAGCAACAUGUCACAGCCUCAAUCAAGGAAUGUCAAAGCCUAUAGGUGAAAUCUCAUGCAUUCCAACGACGGAACUGGACCAGAUCUGGCACUGGAAUCAGACUCCGCCGAUGGCUUUGGACCAGCCAUUGCCGCGGCUGCGAGCGCCUGGAGACAUAAAAGCAGGAUCUAGGUAUCCUCCUGCCAUUGUUUCCUGGGUCUGUGAUCCAAGGAAUCCAUCGUUGCUCUCGCCAAUUGGCUGCAUCGGCGAACUGUGGCUUGAGGGAGCUCUUCUUCCUGACAAUGGCGUUGAGGCCCCAAAUUGGCUUGUUGCCGGGAGCUCUACUUAUGCUGGUAGAACAGGCAAAUUACAUGCGACUGGGGAUCUGGUGCGACUGGAAGGGAGUGGCCAACUGACUUUCAUUGGGCGAAAAGAGACUGUCGCCCCAAUUCGAGGCCACGCUGUUGAUCUUGCAAGACUUGGUUCUUGUAUCAUCAAACAUCUUCCGGAUUCCGCCCGCGCCGCGGCCGCGGUGGUUCCAUUAACCCUUGAAAAUGACGGAAGCGACCCAAACGAUAAAUUGGUUAUUUUUAUCGAGCACCAAUCUUCUGAGCAUUCUUCAGAGGCUGAUAUCAGGACGAACUACAGAGUAUCUGAGUCGGAAUGCUUUGAUGUAACAGUCUGGGGCUCGAUAGAUUUUGGCCUUGCUUCGGCACUUAAAGAUGUCCACAAAGCAGUUCGAGACACUCUGCCACCGUCCAUGGUCCCCUACACUUAUCUUGCCAUAAGUAAACUUCCUCUUGGAGUAGGGAAGUUCAUUCCAACCCUACAAAAUCGACUAAACUUAAGUAUUCCGCCGAUUGUGCUCACUCAGCUUCGAGAACACCUGGAGGAGGCAUGGGCAAUAAGCUCGAAAUCAGCGGUCCUGACCCAAGCACAGAAUACUGUCCGGGCUUCAUGGGCAACUAUCCUCGGAAUGGAGGAGGAAAAGAUUGAUGUCGAUGACAACUUUUUCCGCCUGGGUGGUGACUCUGUCCUGGCUAUGAGAUUGGUUUCAAACCUCCGUGCUCAAGGGUACAUUUUGUCUGUGGCCGAUAUCUUCCAGAACAUGCGCCUUCGCGACACUGCUGCAGUGCUGAAGGAGGAAACAUCUCCAAAAGCUAUUCAGGCUUACGAAGCAUUCUCCACAAUCAGCCACGUAAACGUGAAGUCGCUUCUUGAAGUUAUCAGACCUCAACUUGAAAAUGCUGAUUGGUCUGUUCAAGAUCUCCUUCCCGUCACCAGUUCUCAAGCUCUAGACAUCAGGGCAACAAUCCAGCAACCGCGAACCUCCGUGCAAUAUACAAUGUUAUUCUUUAACGAGGAGAUUGACAGAGAUUGUUUGCUUCACGCAUGUGAUGAAUUGGUCAAGUCUCACGAGAUCCUUCGCACAGUCUUUGCCGAGCACGACUCGAAAUUCUAUCAAGUUGUCUUACAGCAUCUUGAUGUCUUUAUUCAAACUUACCGAACCGACAGAGAUCUUGAGGAAUAUGUCAAGGAUCAUUGCAUGGCGGACUCGAAAUCGAACUUCCAACUAGGAUCCUCUUUCCUCAGAUUCAUAUAUGUGGAGGGCCGAGAUGGAUGCAAGUGCCUCGUCAUGGGCUUGUCGCACGCCCAAUAUGAUGGCAGCUCCUUACCCAGACUGUUGCGCGACUUGGAGAGACUUUACAUUGGAAACCCCCUUACCGAAAUCAAACCGUUCUCAGCGUACAUUGCUCAAACACGCGACAGUGUCCUUGAAUCAAAGGCGCUCAGCUACUGGCGCAAUCUUCUGGACUGCUCUUCAAUGUCUGUCCUUAGCGGAGGCUCGGGGCAGGCUGCAGAUAGAUCAAUAUUCCUGGAGACCUCGGUGGAGGUUUCUCAACGCCCAUCUAACAUCACAGUAGCGACCUUACUCGCUGCUUCAUGGGCGCUGACAUUGGCUCGUCUUCUUAAAGUCUUAGAUGUGCUGUUCGGUACCAUUACUACUGGACAUAACAUUGAUGCGGGGGACAUUGAGGGCGUUAUGGGCCCAUGUUAUCAAUUUACUCCCGUCAGGGUGCCCUUCCAGCCCGAGUGGACCGCGGGAGACCUGUUUGGCUUUGUCCAGGGGCAGAUCGCCGAGUCUGCGGCCUACGACUUCAUCGGUUUCGAGAAGAUAUUCAAGCAAUGCACAAAGUGGCCAUCACAGAGCGGAUUCUACAACUCUAUCGUUCAUCAUCAAGACUUCGAAGACUUUGACAGCAUGCCUUUUGCUGGGACAAGUUGCAACGUGGAUGUCUUGAAUCCACAUGGUGAUGCUAGCCAUCCGUUGAAGAUUGCCUCGUUUGUUCGAGAGGGCAGGACGCAUGUGGGCAUAGUUGGCAGCGAGAGGGAGCCAGCGUUCAUACAAGCGACUUUGGAUCAGCUCAUUGCGACUAUUGAGGAACUUAUUACUUUGCCAACCCAAGAUCCUUUACUUGAGCGCAGCGAAAUCAGAGAGUGGAGUGAUGUGCCUUAG